UUUUGGCCAGCCCCUUCUCACCACGCCACCAUCUUCGUCGUCUUUUGGUUGAUCAUUCGAUCAACAUAUACCCUGUUGAUAGCGAAGGCAAGCAUUGGCUCGGAUCGACCACAGAAGACGUUGGUUGGGGAUUGUUGGCAGUAAAAGGUUGGAUCGUUCAUCUCGUUCGGCUCGACUUUUUCACAUCACGUCCACUUCUCACUUGAGGCUCGAUCAGCCCUCACAGCUCUCCAAGUAUUCGGCCUGCACUCACACACUGUGCGCAAAACAGCAGCCAUUAUCUGAUCGGACACAGCACUAGCGAUUCUGUCAAGGCUGGCUGCUAGUCAGAACAAGUCUCCAAAAAUCAUUUUAGGGGCUUCUGCUACCUAGGUCUAUAGACUUUGGAUCUUCGUGCGGUCCUCAGCUUGCUCCUUACCCAAAGCGCUCUCACCUCCAACACCUUACACAUCCCUCGUCCCUACUCCACGCAUACGCAAAGAUGGGUCAAACACUCUCAGAGCCAGUCACGGAGAAGCACACGAUCGAUGGCGAAGAUGACUCACUGCUGUACGCCUGCUCUGAGAUGCAAGGGUGGCGCAUCAGCAUGGAGGACGCACACGCCACCAUCCUCAACCUUGAUGGAAAGACGGACGACGAGAAGGCGAGCUUCUUUGCUGUGUACGACGGCCAUGGCGGCUCCACUGUCGCCGAGUUCUCUGGGCAGACCGUGCACACGCGCCUAGCGGCGACAGACGAGUACAAGCAGGGCAACUACGAAGCGGCACUCAAGCGCGCCUUUCUUGGCACCGAUGAGGAUCUGCGCGCCUCGCCCGAGUACGCAUCGGACCCGUCCGGCUGCACCGCCGUCGCAGCGCUGCUUGUCGCCGGCCCUCCACCCGUGCCUGCUGCCGCCACCGCUGACGUAGACAAGGCGCAAGGGCAGCAGCAAAAGGUCGCGAGAAGGAUCAUCGUCGCUAACGCGGGCGAUUCGAGGAGCGUUCUGAGCGUUAAGGGAGAGGCAAAACCGAUGAGCUUCGAUCACAAGCCAGGUAAUAAAGACGAAAACGCACGCAUCGUCGGCGCAGGCGGCUUUGUCGAGUUCGGACGGGUGAACGGCAACCUUGCGUUGUCACGCGCGAUCGGCGACUUUGAGUUUAAGCAGAAUACGUCGCUUAGCGCCGAGGCGCAGAUCGUCACAGCCGACCCAGAAAUCAUCAGCCACGACGUGACGGGCGAGGAGGAGUUCCUCGUGCUCGCGUGCGACGGCAUCUGGGACUGUCUCAGCAACCAGCAGGUCGUCGACUUUGUCCGCCGCGGCAUCGCACAGGGCAAGGCGAUGACGGAGAUCUGCGAGAGCAUCAUGGAUAAGUGCCUCGCGCCUGAUUCAGAGAUUGGCGGUGUAGGAUGUGAUAAUAUGACCUUCUGUGUCGUCGGGCUACUCGGCGGCCGGACCAAGCAGGAAUGGUACGACUGGGUAAAGCAGCGCGUCGACGGCAAGAUCGGCUGGGACACGCCCGAGGAGAUCGCGCCGGUCUUCGCAUCGCAAGGCGGUACCGGGCAAGGCGCUGAGGGGCCCGCCGUUGGCGGCGCGAGCGGUGCCGGCGGCGGAAUGCGUCUUGGCGGCCUCGGUGGCGGUAGCGUCCUGUCCGCCAUCGCAGGCGGUUUGCAGCAAGGCGGGCACGACGAACAGCAGUCGCAGGGAAUCCGUCUUUCGGGCGCUUUGGCUGGGGCGUGAUCUUAGCGGUGCAGGCAUCGUCUUUCGGCCGGGCAACCAGCUGUCGCAGGACGGCGAGCAACUGUAUGAGGCGCACAUUGUCAACGACGACGAGUCUGGCUCAGAAGGCGAAGCGCAGGAGGCGGAAGCCGAUGCAGAUGCAGAUGUAGAUGCGACAACAGCGGCCGUGCAGGAACACAACGAGGGCGGCGCAGCGGAGGGCGACCAGCCGGAGAUCGUC